AGAAUUUAAUUUAAUUUAAUUUAUUUGAUAUAAAUUACAUUCAAAAACAAAACAAAAAACAUGCCCAUCACCGAAGAUAUAUCGUUGCCCAGUUUUCAAGAAUUAGAUGUACAAGAUAUUAAUGUUUCGCAACCGGUUCUUGUUGCAUCUGGGCCAUAUUUUGGAAAAUACUGUGAUCAACAAUCUAAAGAAUAUAUGCUCUGUCGUUUGGAAGAACGUGAUCCAAGAAAAUGUCUGAACGAAGGUAAAGCGGUGACCAUGUGUGGACAUGAAUUUUUUCGUAAAGUUGGACAAACAUGCCGUGAAGAAGUUGAACGAAUGGCCAAAUGCAUGGAAUUCACCCAUGUCGAUUGUCGACUGAUUUAUUGCAAAAAAGAACAAAAACAAGUAGCGAAAUGUAUGGAGCAAAAAAUGGGCAUCAAACGACCACCGUUUGGAUAUUUUUCACAACUUCGUGUCCAUGAAACUUCACGACCUAAACCGAAGUCAUUUGCUACCGAAUUCAAAGAUCAAAACGUUGGCGUACCUAUCGAUUUUGAAGAAAAGAUUAAGAAAUUAAACGAUGGAUCUUCUUUUUAUAGCGAAAAUUUGGGUUGAAAAAUUGAAUUUAAUAAGCGUGAAUAGUCGUUAUUAGU